UGCUGCCGCUGUAGUAAACGGCCGAGCAGGCAGCUGUAGCCCUGCAAGUGGGGUGCCAUAUCCCUGGAAAAAGCCCAAUUUAGCGCAGUGAAGCUCCCUGCAUUCAGCGGCUCUUCGCUGGCAACUUCCGCGCUUUCGACCCGAACAACUGCGUCACACAAGCACCUUGAUAACCAGGCACCGUCGCUUUACCUGAUCUGCGACCUGGACAGCCUCACCUGAACAUCAACAACAUGGCAUCCGAACCAAUGUCAAUAGGCAGCUCAGCCCAAGAUCCCCCUCCAGUGCCCGACGCGACCUCGCAGGAGCCAAAGUACGGCGGCCACACACGUUUCGAGCUAGAAUUGGAGUUUGUCCAAGCCCUAGGGAACCCAGAAUAUGUUAACUACCUGGCCUCCCGGAAAUUCCUCCAAAAUCCCGCCUUUGUUGCGUACCUCGAUUACUUGCAAUACUGGACGCGCCCGCCAUAUCUCCAGUAUAUCACAUAUCCUACUUCGUGUCUGAAGAUGCUAGAGCUUCUUCAAGUCGAGCGCUUCAGAAAGGAUAUCCUGUCGCCGAACUUGACGCAUGCGCUGGUUACCGAGGGAAUGAAGGCUGCGGUGGAGUGGCAUCGCGAGUCGUUGAGCUGAGGGAGACCGCGGAAGCAGGAAAACGAAAGAGACGGCACAACCAUCGUCGCGCUGUGCCCAUGAGAGCACAUAUAGCGGCGGAGUUGUAUGUACACGUGCGCGCUGAGGAAUGCCGCCUGAGAUGACGGCGCACGCUGAGAAGAAGGACAACCCGGCAGCAGGGUGGUGCGACAUUGAUAGACACGUGGGCAAGGAUGUAUAUUUUCCAGACGCGGUCUCCUUGAUGAGAGGCAGGCACAUCUCCCGUUGAUAUAUCCAACAUAAACGCCAACCACCAGAUAAUGAAUAAUCAAGAUACCCCCAUAACCAGAACUCCA